GUUCUUCUUCUUCUUCUCUUCAAACCCUCUCUUUCCCUUCAAAAUUUUCCAUUUUUAACCUUACAAAAAUGGCCAAAGGAGGCAAACUCACGAAACUCAAAUCUGUGUUAAAGAAAAUGCAAUCCUUCAAACUCGGCUGCGUAAAUGGCAGCGCCGUCGUAGCCACACAUCAUUCUUCCUCCUCCGACAACGAUUCCUUUUCCGAUGAUAAUCACUGCUCUAACAAAAAUGUGUAUCCUGUCUAUGUCGGAAAAUCGCGCCGCCGGUACCUUCUAAACUCCGACGUCGUUGACCACCCGCUUUUCCGUGAACUCGUCGAAAAGUCCGGCGAUUCUGAAGAAUAUAUUACAGUUGGAUGUGAAGUUGUUCUCUUUGAACAUUUGCUUUGGAUGCUUGAAAAUGCUGAUCCUCGACCUGAGUCAUUGGAUGAGUUGGUUGAAUUUUACUCUUGCUGAUGUGGAAUAACUGUCAGUAACUGAAUGGAAAAAAAAAAUAACUGUGACGUGGACGUGGUAAUUGGAUAUGACCACCCACUAUCUCGUAUAUAGCUGUAAAUUUUUCUUUUUUGGUCAUAUGAUUUUGAUUAAUUAGCGGUAGAGAGAGGAAAAAAGAAAAGAAAAAAAAAACAUGAUAGAGAGGAUUAAUUAAUUAGUCCAUUUUUAUAAGGCAAAUUUCUUAUUUUAAGAGAGAAGCCUAAUGGGUGAUUAUUGUUAUUCAGUCAAUGCAUGUUUCAUUCUUUCUCUGUAAGUUUUUACCUUUA